UAUAUAAAUCCUACUUUAGUUCUUCAAACUCUUUUAAUCAAUUGGAUUGGAUUUCAGAUCUUUCUUUCUCGAAGCAGCAAAGCCCUACCCCAAACCCUAACCCUAAUUUCACGCUUCUCUUCACUUUUCGUCCCUCUUCCUCCGUUUUUCUUUUGAUUCUUUUUCAAAUUGUUGAUUGAUUAUUGCUGGAUUUGGGGUUAUUUGCUGCUAAGGGUUUUUCCUCUUUCACAUAUAAAAGAUGCACUUCCGGCCAUCAUUUUACCAUAAUGCAGUUUUUGAGUUGGAAAUUGAUUUUAAAUGGACACCAAGCGGUUCAUGCAGCUUGUUGAGGAGAAAAAGAAGAAAAUAAUGGAGAGAAAGGAAGCUCCUUUGAAGUGGGAGCAGAAGCUGGAAGCUGCUGCCAAGGCAAAGGCCGAUGCUGAAGCUAAAGAGAAGAAGUUGAAGACUGCAAAACAUAAAAAAAGAUCAGGCUCUGAUACUGAUAGUGAUCGUGACUCUGAUGAUGAGAGGAAAAGGGCUAGUAAAAGAUCUCAUAGGAAGCACAGGAAGCAUUCUCACAUUGACUCUGGCGAUCAUGAAAAAAGGAAAGAAAAAAGUUCCAAGUGGAAGACAAAGAAGCGGUCUUCAGAGUCUAGUGAUUUUAGUAGUGAUGAAUCUGAAAGUAGCUCUGAGGAGGAGAAGAGGAGAAAGAAGAAGCAAAGGAAGAAGAUUCGAGAUCAAGAUUCGAGAUCAAAUUCCAGUGGUUCUGAUUCUUAUGCUGAUGAAGUCAACAAGAGAAAAAGGCGGCACAGGCGUCGGCGUCCAUCAAAAUUUAGUGAUUCUGAUUUCUAUAGUGACGAAGGGGAAUGUUCAGAUCGGAAGAGAGGUCAUGGAAAGCAUCACAAACGCCACCGCCACUCGGAAUCUAGUGAAUCUGAUUUGUCAAGUGAUGAAAGUGAUGAUAUUCACAGGAAGAGAAGCCACAGAAGGCACCAUAAGCAUCAUAGGAGAUCACAUAAUACAGAGGUUAGGUCAUCUGAUUCUGAUUAUCAUGGUCAUGGUGGAAGAAGCCGAUCAUCAGAGAAGUCCUUGGACGAAAAUUCUGAAGAAGAAAGCAAAAAAUCAUUACAUAAACGCUCUGGACAUCACCACCAUCACCGCCGCCGUCAUUGUAACAAACAUGAACACCACUUGGAUGACGAGAGAAAUCACUCACUCCACCUCUCACCAAAAGCCAAUGGAAAGCAUGAGGAGGAAUUAGCUAAGAUUGGAACUUAAAAAAAAAAAGAUGGUGGUCAUCAUGAAGGAAAAGGCAUGCCUGAGAAUAUUGAUGGUCGAAUUGCUUGAUUUAUAAGAAUAUGUUAUCCUGUCGAAGAAAUAGAACAUGUUCUGUAACAUUUUAUCAUUGUUCUUCACCAGAUUUAGCUGUGUGUCUAUCCAUUACUUUACUUGAUCCAAAGUUGGUGAACAAUUUUCAUCAUUGAUGUGUGACGUUAUGUGUCAACAGUAUUAUUGAUUAUGGAAACUGAUCUUGACUUUUAUUGUU